AUUUGUACUGCACGUUAGAGGUGGAUUCUUUUGGGUAUUUUGUGAACAAGGCUAAAACUAGAGUUUACAGAGAUACUACAGAGCCCAACUGGAAUGAGGAGUUUGAGAUUGAGCUGGAAGGUUCACAAACUCUGCGGAUUCUGUGCUAUGAAAAGUGCUACAACAAAACCAAGCUCACCAAAGAGGACGGAGAGAGCACGGAUCGCAUAAUGGGGAAAGGACAGAUCCAGCUGGACCCACAGGCACUGCAGGACAAAGACUGGCAACGCACAGUCAUCUCAAUGAAUGGAGUGGAAGUGAAGCUGUCAGUGAAGUUUACCAGUCGGGAGUUUAGCCUGAAAAGGAUGCCGUCCCGGAAACAAACUGGGGUGUUUGGGGUCAAGAUCGCUAUUGUCACCAAGAGAGAGAGAUCGAAGGUGCCUUACAUAGUGCGCCAGUGUGUGGAGGAGAUAGAGCGGCGUGGAAUGGAGGAGGUGGGCAUCUACCGUGUCUCUGGGGUUGCGACCGAUAUCCAAGCUCUGAAAGCUGCCUUUGAUGUCAAUAACAAAGACGUGUCAGUGAUGAUGAGCGAGAUGGAUGUCAAUGCCAUUGCGGGCACAUUGAAACUCUACUUCCGGGAGCUGCCUGAACCCCUCUUUACAGAUGAGCUGUACCCCAACUUUGCCGAGGGCAUUGCACUUUCAGAUCCUGUUGCAAAGGAAAGCUGUAUGUUGAAUCUAUUGUUAUCGCUUCCAGAACCCAACCUUGUGACAUUCCUUUUCCUUUUGGACCAUUUAAAAAGGGUUGCUGAGAGGGAAAGCGUUAACAAGAUGUCCCUGCAUAAUCUUGCAACUGUCUUUGGACCAACGCUGCUCAGACCUUCAGAGAAGGACAGUAAAAUCCCUGCUAACCCAACCCAGCCUAUCACAAUGACCGAUAGUUGGUCACUAGAAGUCAUGUCCCAGGUUCAAGUUCUUCUGUACUUCCUGCAGCUAGAGACUAUCCCUACCCCAGACAGCAAGAGGCAAAGCAUUCUCUUUUCCACAGAGGUGUAG